UGUUACUCAAAUAUGGGAAUCGGAUUGGUUCAUGCGAAGCAAAAGCUACAACGAACCCUAUCGGCGAGAACCAGGAACACGUUGGCGACCUCAAAUGUUCCGAAAGGCCAUGUUGCGGUUUAUGUCGGAGAAGACAACAAGAAGAGGUUUGUGAUUCCAAUAUCUUUCUUGAACCAUCCUCUGUUUCAAGACUUGUUAGAUCGAGCCGAGGAAGAAUUCGGGUUCAAUCAUCCAAUGGGAGGUCUUACAAUUCCUUGUAGUGAAGAACAGUUCGUUAGAAUUACUACAAUCUUGAACAGUUGA